GCGGUGCACUUCAUAGUAACCGCCCCGGCGGUCACGCGGGGUAGUAUUAACAGCUACACCCACACUAGCUAGAAGCGUAGAGAGCUUUCGCUGAGUCCGUCUCGGUGGGUGGUUUGUGGAGUCCCUGAUGCUGUUUGUAUGACAGCACGAACAGCGUGUUGGCGCAUGUCAGUUUAAACCCUGGUGGUAAAACCAUAACGCUGGAUGAGUGGGGCAACUUUCACUACCCCCUCUGUAGAGGUGGCUGAGAUGAAUCGCAUCCAUUUUGAGCUGGAGUAUACAGAGGGCAUCAGCCAGCGCAUGCGAAUCCCAGAGACCCUCAAAGUGGCCCCAGAGAGCCAAACAGGGUCCAUGCAACUUCAGCAGCCCUUGCCCACUCAUACAGCUCUGAUGCAGGUUCCUGAGAGGAUCGUCGUUGCAGGUGAUGACGAGGAUCCUCGAUUUGCAUGUCCAAGAGACUUGGAUCUGAUUCAGUCCAUCCCUCCUGUGGACCUCCUGAACAUGAAGGCCCCUCCACGUGUCCUCACCCUUACCGAGCAGCCUCUGGACUCUCUUGAAACCGACCAAACUGUCAACUCACAGCGCAAUCCCAGCCAAGCGGCCAACUUUCAUGGUCGGCCUCGAAGGGAGCGCAGCACGAGUGAGAACGUAUCCGCCCGUCACAGCAGUCAGAUCAGCAGAGGCGAUGUAAGUGUAACCCCUUCCCCUUCUGCCCCCCCAGUCCGUUUGUGUCCUCCCCUCUGUUCCCCCGAGGAUGUAAACAUCAACCUGUUUACAGCUGCUGGGCUCCUGUCGUACAUCCAGUCAACGACACGUCGUGCUUACCAGCAGGUCCUUGAAGUCCUUGAUGACAGCCAUCGCAGGACACACCUGGAUCUGGCCCUGGAUUUAAACCCUGAUGAGUCUGGCUUAGUGGAUGCCUCCUCACUGCGACGACAGAUUGUGAAGUUGAAUCGGCGUUUGCAGCUGUUGGAGGAAGAAAACAAAGAACGCUCAAAGCGAGAGGUGAUCCUGUAUUCUGCCACUGUGGCUUUCUGGCUCAUUAACACUUGGAUCUGGUUCCGUCGCUAGACGGAUUCUCCCAAAACACUGGAAACCAAAGCAGUUCCCUGUUAAAGAUGUGAUCACUGAUUUAUAGCAAAUUCUAUAUGGAAGUUUAUCCUAAACACGUCAGUCUCGGCACUCAUGAGGUAAUACAUGAGGCAGAAAAACAUUUUCUGUUUGUCAAGUUGUUGUGACAGAAUUUCACAGUAAUUGCGGGCUUAGUGUCUCGCAGCACAAAAAUUUGAAGUAAAUAAUUUUUUAUAAAUUGGCGAAUGACUGGCAAGCCAAAGCACAAUGACAAUGCAACUGAAUAAUUUAGCAGCACCAACAACCACUUCAGUUAAGGUAACACUAUCUCCAAAAUGUGUCAUAUUUGAGAAGCUUACUCCACUGUCAAAUUCUGUACCUAUAUUUUUGGUUUGAAUCAGCCGUAAAUGAAAUACGGUACCAAUUACACAAACAACUGUCAGCUGUUACUGAUAUGAAUAGUUUAUGCAAAUAUUACUGUGUGCACCUCUAAACUUGACAAAUCCAUUGCACAUAAUGAACUGGUGUUACAGUUGUGUAAAUGAAAUCUUUUAACGUGAACAAAUUAUUAGAUGUUAAGUGACGAAUGUUCUGGGAACUGUAGUUGCAGGACUGAACCUGACUUUUCUUUUGAAAGCAGGUCAGAAACUGCCAUUCUUCCAGAAGUGUCAAACUGAACUGAUUGACGCUAAAGAUGCCAUAACACUGACCCUUCGUUACUGGAAAAACUUCUUGUGUACAUUAGACAGGCUUUUCAAAUGCUGUAAUCUGUCUUUAAUGUUAUUUAUUUUAACGUUUUUCUCUAGGGAUUGUCAUAUUGAUUAUUUGGUAACCAAAGUAACAAGGGUAGGGUACUGUGAAGUGCUGUUUUUCCAUGCUGUCUGCUCAUCUUUGUUCCCACCAAGUCACCUGCAAGAUUAAACCAUGGAAUAUGACAUUUUAUACAUCAUUUAGUGAUACAAAGAGCCAGUGUGUGUAUGAUCAUCCAUAAUAGAUGUCAAUCUUAUUGAAAUGAUAAAAAACCCCCAUCAUUUUAUUUUGAUGAUGAUAAUAUAAAUAUGUAUUUAAUGCAGGUCUAUUUAUCACAUAUAAUACUGAGGUGUCAGCAAAGAGUUGCUAUGAGUUUUUCUUUGAUGUCUGUGCCUACAUGUCACAUUUAAAGCUGGAGGUUGGAGUUAAACAUUUAAAUUGUUUUGUAAUAUAAGAACACACUUGAUGUUUGUAAAUAUGUUUGAUGUAAUAAAAGAUGGAUGUCAGUUUCA